ACACAUUUUGUGGAAUCUCUCCACACUUUCCGGGUUGGUUUUUCUCCUGAACUCUGCUGACACGUGGCUUGUGAAAGCAGCACAGACAGAAUAAAUUGCCUGCCUUUGCCUCCAAGAGCUCACUUCACAGCUUCCCGGAGAAGAAAGGAACAGUUCUACAGCAGAAGGAAACCCACUUCAAAGUCACCAUGAUCAGCCUGAGGACAGCUCUCCUGGCCGCCUUCCUCCUGGGGCUUUCUUAUCAAUAUGCAGCAGUCAAACCGCGUCUUCCCAUGGAAUGUUGCUUUGUUUACAUGACUGGUGCCAUUCAGCUUGAUAAACUGGUGGAUUUCUACUGGACCCCCAGCGAGUGUAACUUACAAGCCGUUGUGUUGGAGACGGUUAGUGGCCGCAAGGUCUGUGCUGACCCCUCAAAGGUUUGGGUGAAGAGAGCAAUCAAGGUCUUGCAGGCAAAGAGGAAACAAACCCCUCGUUCUGAGAAGCACAGAUAAACAUGCCACCCCAGAGCCAUGCCAGAAACUACUGCCUCUGGUUGUCUCUGCACAUUUCCUGUCUUCAUUCCACAUACCUCACUGGACUGUUCUUGUUUCAGUACCGACAGACAGACAGCUCAGUCCUGAGAGAGUGAGCGAGCUCUGUGCGCUUACCGACGGACACACUGUGCACUACAGCCAGCUACGUUGUGUUUCAGACUGUAAGUGUCCAUGCAAGAACACCUACAAGCUGUAACAGAUGCACAUAUAAUAAAGCUUCAUUGCUAC